CCGCGCAAUGGCGGCGGCUGCCCGCGUCCCGGCCCAAGAUGGCGCACGCGUGAGGGAAGGGGUGAUGUGUGAGCUGCUGUGUUUAGUGCGUUUAAGGGCCGCAGGUGCUCUCGGGCGCGAGGGGCGGCAGAGCUGAGGGGCAGCGCUUAAAAAAACAACGGGACAGUUCCACUGCCGUCGCUGUCCCCUCAGCGGCCCGUCCGUGAGGCUGCGGCCCCGCCCCGGGAGGUGUGCGGGUGGCUGAGGGGCUGGCGGGACCAUGGCGGAGGAAGGCGAGCGCUGCGAGCCCGAUCGCGACACGGCUCCUGUGGCGGGGGCUGGAGAUGGGGCUGAGCCGGACAGCCAGGCCGGGGAAGAGCCCGCAGAGAGCCCCGACGUGUACAGAUACAUUAAGGGAGACUUGUUCACCUCCGAGAUCUACAAGGUAGAGAUACAGAACCUGCCCAAAUACAUUGGGUUCAAUGAUGUGAAAAAGUUCCUUGCCAAGUACGGGCUGAACCCUCACAAGAUAAAACUCUUCGGGAAGCAGACGUUCGCCUUCGUGACGUUCAAGAGCGAGGAGGAGCGGGACAAGGCCAUGCGGGUGCUGCACGGCGCGCUCUGGAAGAGCCGCCACCUCAGCGUGCGCCUGGCCAAGCCCAAAGCCGACCCCAUCGCCAAGAAGAGAAAGCAAGAAGAGGAGUCGGAGCAGGGAGAGGUGAAGCGCCCGGCGCCCUGCGGAGAGGAGCCUCUGAGCAAGCGGAUCGCGGAUGUGGUGACCCCGCUGUGGAGCGUGCCUUACGAGGAGCAGCUGGCCCAGAAGAAGCAGGAGUGCGAACAAGUGCUGCAGAAGCUGACAAAGGAAAUAGGAAAUAACAACAGAGCUUUAUUACCCUGGCUCUUCCUACAGAAGCAGAAGUUUAAUAAAUUAUGUUGCCCAGUGGAGGGAGUGAAAGCAUCACCCUUACAGACUGAAUAUCGCAACAAAUGUGAGUUCUUGAUUGGGAUUGGUGUAAAUCAAGAAGACAAAACUGUGGGUUGUCGUCUUGGCAAAUAUAAGGGUGGUACAUGUGCUGUAGUGGAGCCAUUUGAUACUAUUCACAUUCCUGCUAUUGCCAAAAAAGUAGUAAAAGCUUUCCAAGACUACAUAAGGUCGACCCCGUACUCGGUGUACAGCCCUGAAACCUACGAGGGGCACUGGAAGCAGCUCACGGUGCGCACCAGCCGCAGCGGCCACCUCAUGGCCAUCGCUUAUUUCAACCCCCAGAAAUUGAGUAAAGAAGAGCUAGCUGACCUGAAAAUCUCUCUGGCAAAAUACUUCACAGAAGGGAUGGGAAAGAGCAGUGGUGUUACUUCCCUGUACUUUGUGGAGGAAGGACAGAGGAAAUCUCCCAAUCUCGAAGAUUUGCCUUUGGAGCACGUGGCUGGUGAUAAGUACAUAUAUGAAGAACUCCUUGGCCUAAAAUUUAGAAUUUCUCCUCAUGCAUUUUUUCAAGUGAACACUCAAGCUGCAGAAGUGCUGUACUCUGCCAUCGGGGAGUGGGCACAGCUGAGCCAGGAGAGCACCGUGCUGGACAUCUGCUGUGGGACAGGAACCAUCGGCAUCUCCUUAGCCAAGAGAGUGAAGAAGGUAAUUGGAAUUGAGCUCUGCCAGGAAGCUGUGCAGGACGCCAAAGCAAACGCCCAGAUUAAUGAACUGAGUAAUGUUGAAUUUUACUGUGGGAAGGCAGAAGAUAUUGUUCCUUCCCUAAUGAACGUUUUAGCUCCUCAGAACGUGAUCACAAUUGUAGAUCCACCACGAGCAGGGCUGCAUUCCAAGGUAAUCCUUGCCCUCAGAAGAGCUGAACAUCUGAAGAAGCUCAUCUAUGUCUCCUGCAAUCCCAGAGCUGCAAUGAGUAACUUUGUGGACCUGUGCCGGGCCCCUUCCAACAGGGUGAAAGGAGCCUCGUUCCGGCCCGUGAGAGCCAUGGCCGUGGAUCUGUUCCCUCAGACCAGGCACUGUGAGUUGCUGCUCUUCUUUGAGAGGGUGCAGCACGCUGAUGGCGGCUCUGCGGCAGCGCCGGCUGCAGGCCCCGCCACAGCGGAGUGCGGCACCCAGGGCACGGCUGCUGCUGGCCCUGGGGACUGCAGCCCAAGAGAGGGGCCACCUUGACUCCUGAGAGACUGCAGAAACCACUGCUGCUUUUCAACUGUGUCAGUAGCAUCACUUCUGUAACAUCCAGGUAAUAAAUCUCUGUACUACAGAGUAAUUGCAAGGCUUCCAACUUAUUUCAUCAUCCUAAUUUGAAUUAGAUUUUAUUAUCAGAAGUCACAGAAGGGUUUGUGUUGGAAGGGACCUUAAUGAUCAUCUAUAACCACUCUGCUAUCAGCAGGGAGACCUUCCACUUGACCGGGUUGCUCAGAGCCCCAUGGAGCCUGGUCUUGAACACUCCCAGGGGUAGGAUGUUAUAGAUGGUUGGGCCAGAUCCUGCUUUUCUCUUGAUACAUGCAUACAUAAGAGACAACACCCAAUUCCCAGAGCAGCUCAUCUUGCUACAUGAACAUGGACCUCCCUGUUAGUAUUUCAUCAUGCUCUGCGCCCCCUGUCAAAGCUGUGCCAUAUUUUUUCAGUAGGUAAAUAAAGAUUAACCCUUCCAUAAAGUCAUUUACUUACUAAAUCUUCGUUAGGAAGUAAAACUCAGUCUAAUACAAAUGCUACGCUUUCCACAGUUGCAGUCAGUCUUACUCUCAGACUGUAGCAUCUCUGAUAAGACAAUAAAGGCUGUGAAUUUCCUGCACCAUGCACUAAAGCUGAGGUGACUCUGCUGGAGCCAGGCCCUCACCACUGAAAAUGGACAGGCAGAACUGAACUGUGCCAGCACCAGCCCCUCACACUGCACUGCUGGGCCUCUCCCAGGGUACAGACACAGCCUUGGCUCCACACGGUGCUCUCCAGUCAGGACUCACUGCAGCCACCAUUAACAGACAGCAGCACUGGUAUGAGUGCCCAUCUGAAAUCUCAACUUCUAACAUACCUCUUAAGGGGGUCAACAAGAAAAAAGUCCUACUACAGCCCAUGGCUGUGCUGAUGCCACAACUUUCCAGUGUUUGGUACCUGCACCCCACAGGUACCAAACCCAGCACUUUGGGUUGUAACACUUCCAGCCUUGCCAUGGUUUAAGUAAAAAUACAAAUCCCAAUUCAAAAAGAGGUGACUUCAUUUCAAGUGUUUAACCAUGGAAACAUCCAAUUCCUCACCCAAAGUGAUUCAGUACUUCCAUAACCUACGAGGCUGCACUGAUCUAAUUUCUCUUCACAAAUACCUAGAGGACUUGAAGAAUAGAAGUUCCUUUCUCUAGAUACGCUUAAGCUAUCAUAAUACUGAUCACACUGGCACAUUUUAUAAUAUCAAACUUUAUUGCUCGAAACUAAUUGUCUGAAAAAUACACAUGUAGUACUCAAAGACCGAACACAGAGGAUUACAUGAUUGUGCAGAAAAAAAGCAAGCAGAGGCUCAGUGAAAAUGAGGCUUUAUAGUUGUACCAAUUCAGCACUGGCACCAAGCAACUGCACCCAACACAACUCAAACAGCAGCCAUGGUUACCUGCUGGGGCAAUAGGGAUGAACUUGG